GUCACCGCUCCUUAAGCCGGCGCAUGCUGUUUAGAGUCAAAGAUGGUAUCUCGAACCGCUCUAAAGCUUUGCCUUCAGUCAAACAGGCUGGGUCAGAAACGAGUCUGGUUCGAAGACUAUCAAGCCGCCGCAAGCAGAGUUCGGCGUUAGUCACACCACAAAAACACCGGAUCCGUCACCUCGCACAGAUACAAGAACCCUUAGCGAGUCAUCGAUGUCUACUGGGGACCUCAUGAGCGACGGUCUUUCUACACUACCUCAUGUCGAAAGCGUUGUGACUCUGCGAAAUGGAAUUGAAGAACACCCAUUAACGUCACAGUGCGAACUGUCAGAGCCAACGCCCCGAGCCUCACGCAGCACGCCGAACACAGUAUGCGCGCCCUGCGGAGCUGUUGCAGUUCCCUUCGUAGACCUGGCCCUUAGUCUCGACCGUGACAUCGUUGACGCUGGCACAGAGCAAGAUAUCUGGAUUGCAGCCGAAGCAUCUGUUCACGCCGCGCUCUACAACGCAGAAACUCUUGGCCAUUGCACCAUAUACGGGAGUCUGAGGGUACUUGCUAGGCCGGAAGAAGUGGACAACACUCCUUGCCCCGGGACAAUCACUGGUCUACGCCUAUGCUUCAAGCCGAUGAAUGACUGCAAAGUCCUGAAAGCGGUUGGUCAAACAGCUACCAAAGACAUUUGCAUAGGCCAGAGGCGCUCGCUCUUCCUCAAAGUCCGCGUUCCCAAGCUAUCAUCUGCUUUUGAGGCAGGGUGUUCCAACCAGGACUCUUUGUUCGCCGAGCUUGAAAGUAUGAUCGGUACAUUUGAGACCGAUCUGCUGCAUGUCGAAGCACGGUAUAGAACUUCAUUUUUGCCGCACGAAAAUGUGGUGACCGUACGCAAGGCGGCGUCUGUCAGACGGCCAAACACCGAUUCGCGCUGGAGUAUGGUCGGCGUUGGUGACCAUGUCGAAGCAUCGGAGCAGUUGCACACCAAGCUAGCGAUCUAUCUGGCGGACACCUAUGCGCCUGAAAAGGCACUUAGGUACAUCAAGCGGUACCUUGCAGAGGAAGCUCAAGCAGAAGAGCCAGUCCGUCAGAUCAAGCAGAAAAUUCUUGAUGAGCUAAGUAGUCGCACCACACCAGCUGACGAACAUGAUUUUGCACGUGUGAAAGCUGGACCCAAGCCAGCGGUGCUCAUUACCGACACCGGCGACAGUGAUAGCUUGACCUCGCUGCCAGCCCCAGAUGCUGCGUUGAAGACCAGAGGCUCUCAACAGCGACUGCACGUGAGGACUCGUUCGAUCUCGCUUUCAGCUAUCAAGCUCUCAACGCCAUCUUCGCCGCUCCUGCCAUGUUCACCUCGCGCGGUAUCUGCAUCCAAGACUCGAAUUGCUGCAACACAUAUACAUGCAGACACUGAAAUUCAUGACGAAGCCCGAAAGCUCUGGCACCACAUACGUUGCUCAUCUCAAUCAAGCCGCCAGCUCAGUGGGACAGCGCCAGCCCAACUAGAGCAGCUCGAAGCGACUGACGAGAAUUUGAAGGCGCUCAGGAGCCAGGCGCUAGCGAACAAGCGGUCGAUCGGCGCGGAGACGCUGAAGGGCUGGAGAUGGGAUCGCACUGUUUUGCGUAGCGGGGAGGCACCCUGGCUUUAGAAGAGCAUCACUGACCUUGCGACUCUGGUAUGAAGGAUAUUGAUGAGUCUGUUAGGCACGCAGACUGCCGUAUGCACCCUUACGCAGCCAUCAUAAUACGGCAGACGUUAACUUGGAUAAACACUGUCGUAGAUAGAAGGUACACGAGCAUGGCUACGCGGUUGCCGCGAUUAGCCGCGCUCAAUGACACAACAUCCGCGGCACAAUCUUUCACGGCCGGUGGUUAACAGCACGGCAGCAAUUUGUGCCAUCAUACACCGCAUACGGCAUGAUUUAUACCCACUACCGCGCGGUGGGCUUCCAGUAGCACGAGCUCCACUGUGACGGCUGCUUCAGUAAAGGUUUCUGUGACCGGAGUGCCACAGCGGUGACACUGCAGUAGCGGUGAGGAGAGUGGGUGGAGCGGGCAGGUCAGUCUCGACGCUGAGUCACCGGGCACCCUUGUGGUUGCCUAUGU